GGCGCUGAUGCUUUUCUUUUACACCCACAUAAAUGUAAAAGAAGAAAAGGCUAAGCAGCAGAGACAAGAUGGCGACCACCAUCAGCACCCAGCGGGGACAGGUUUACAUUGGCGAGCUGCCCCAGGACUUCCUGCGGAUCAGCCCCACUCAGCAACAGCAGCAGGUGCAGUUGGACGCUCAGGCCGCCCGACAGCUGCAGUAUGGGGGCUCCCUGAACACCAUUGGCCGCCUUAGCAUCACAGUGGUUCAAGCCAAACUAGCUAAAAACUACGGUAUGACGCGGAUGGAUCCAUACUGCAGGAUCAGGUUGGGGUAUGCUGUUUAUGAAACACCCACAGCUCACAAUGGAGCCAAGAACCCACGCUGGAACAAAGUGAUCCAAUGUACCGUACCCCCUGGGGUCGACUCCUUCUAUCUGGAGAUCUUUGAUGAGAGAGCAUUCUCCAUGGAUGACCGGAUAGCCUGGACUCAUGUGACCAUCCCGGAGAGCCUGAGGGAGGGCAGUGUGGUGGACGAGUGGUUCAGUUUAAGCGGUCGACAGGGAGACGACAAAGAGGGCAUGAUCAACCUGGUCAUGUCCUUUGCUUCGCUGCCUGCUGGAGUGAUGCCCCAGCCUGUGGUCCUCAUGCCCUCGGUGUACCAGCAGGGAGUGGGCUAUGUCCCCAUCUCAGGAGUUCCAGCUGUGUAUAACCAAGGUAUGGUCCCUAUGGGGGUCCCCGGGCCACACACGGCCCCAGUGAGCCAGGGCCCCCUUUGCAGUGAGGAGGAUCUGAAGGCUCUGCAGGACAUGUUUCCAAACCUGGACAAAGAGGUUGUGCGCACAGUGUUGGAGGCCCAGCAGGGCAACAAGGACGCUGCCAUUAACUCUCUGCUGCAGAUGGCCGAAGAGCUCUAACGCUUGCUUAGAGAACAUUCUGCUCAAGGGCUAAACUCCACUGCAAACUACCAACCGGUUACACAAAGGAUCUGUGCAAGCUGUUUCUAUGACCAUUUCUGAACCGCCAUGUUCCUGCUUGCUUCCACUUCAGUAAUAGCUGCUUGCUUAUAGUCUAAUAUAUUUCCAUAAAUGAGUACAUUUUUUUUUUUCAGCGCGGACCUGCUAAAACAUUAAAGAUAUGAAGUGUGGAGAGAUGUCCUACUGUAUAAUCCUCUUCCAUGGAUGUAUAAAUUCUGCUGUAUGUGCUCUUGUUUUUAUUGUAUAAAUCAGAGUCUUAUUUAGGCUGUAUAUUUGCUAUUCAAAGUCUACAGUGCUCGCCAUAACCAUUCCACAGCUGUAUGGUGUGAUGCAGGUCCCGUGUUUCACAUUGUGCAUGUUAGUCCCACUUUUUUGCUGUCAGUAUGUAUAUAAUGGCCAUAAUCACCUGCUAACAUGAACGAUGAGAUUACCGGGUGUACAUUUUCAAUCAGAUAAUUAUAUUAGUUUGAAGCCAAAUCCUAUAUUAUCCGAUUCUUGUUAAAUAAAGUAAAAACUGUUGUCCCACAUUUGUGUUGAGCAUGAAUGAGUUUCUGUCUGCUAUCUGUUUCUCAAGAUAUUAAAAUUACCUUUGGACAUAAUUUAAAAAGCAAUUUUCUGAUCUAUGUUAUAAUGCUGUUUCAUGAUCAAAAACGUACCUGAAGUUGUGUUUUAUUUCAUUCAAUCAUGUUUAAUACACAACUCAAACAGAAACACCGUUCCUCCUUGUGAUGUCAUGUGGUAAUACUCCACAUGACAUUAAUUGUGUGCUCCACUAUGUUUUUUAACUCCAAACACCUUCACUAGAAGCAUUUUGAUCAUUUCAACCCUGGAAUUUCCAAUCUUUACUGAACAGAAGGUAAAAGGUAGCUAUUGGAAACUACUACUUCAUGACAUCACAUGGUGGAACAGAGCAUUUUGACCUUAAUAAUCCAGGAUUAUUCAAAUGUAUGAAUAAAAACACAUCCCUGGUAUCUUUUUGAUGAGAUAACAUUAAAACAUGACUUAAAGUUC